AUGGAAUGAUUCUGUCAUACCAAAGCGUUUAAACAGUUGCAUAUUAAUACAUAGCAAAAUGACCCUGACAAUAGUCAAACCCACAGACACUAAACUACAACCAAACAAAAAUAUGAAGCAACGUGGACGAGUAAUAACAUUAAUAACGUGUGUAUUGGGACUUUAUGGUACUUUUCUUACAUGGUCCAUUCUCCAGGAAAGAAUAAAUACGAAACCAUAUGGUGAUAAGCAAGAGUACUUCCAGUCACCUUUAAUAAUUAAUAUAAUUCAAGCAUUAUGUGCCUCCCUAGUGGGAUUUAUAUAUACUAUAUUUGCGAAUAAUAGUUCACCAUUUGAUGUUUUCUUUAAGAAUGAUUAUGAGUCAAGUAUGAGUAUAUUUAAGUCGUUGGUGAUUAUUUCGAUAACAUCCAGUUUGGCGUCUCCCUUAGGUUACAAAUCGUUAAAUCACUUGGAUUAUGUUGCCUAUCUUUUGGCCAAAUCUUCAAAGUUAAUUCCAGUAAUGUUUAUUCAUUUUGUGUUUUAUAGAACCAAAUUUCCAUGGUAUAAAUACUUGGUUGCCGUACUUAUUACUCUUGGAGUCAUUGCAUUCACAAUAUCCCAUGGAGCAAAAAAAACCAGUAUUAAUGACGGAAACUCAUUAUAUGGGAUGUCAUUACUUUUUGGAUCAAUGUUGUUGGACGGAUUAACUAAUCUGACACAAGAUCAGUUAUUUAAACAGAAGUUCAAGGUGAGACUCACAGGGGCAAAAUUGAUGUGCUUACUUAAUUUGUUUGUGUUUAUUAUUAGUUUGUCAUACACUUUGAUCUUCCAAUUUGACGAAGUCAAAGAAGCAACAUUGUUUAUUCACAAGCAUCAUGAAUUAGUGGUGGAUAUUAUAUCGUUUUCGUUGUGUGGUGCAAUUGGACAGAUUUUUGUGUUUAUAAUCUUGGAAAAGUUUGAUUCGAUUGUGUUGAUAACGGCAACUGUAACUAGAAAAAUGUUAAGUAUGAUUCUUUCUGUGAUAUUGUUUGGUCAUACAUUAAAUGUAACCCAAUGGAUUGGUGUGUUGUUGGUAUUUGGAGGAAUUGGGUAUGAAUCCAUGAUCAAAUUUAACGGAAAGAAGGUGAGUGUGCAGAAGAAAAUGGAGUAAAAAUAUUUAAAUAGAUAUUUAUAGAAGAUAAAUCAAAAAAAAA